UCCACUGUACACUGGUUCUGUUGGUGACCACGGGUUCAGAGCUGUGAGCUUGGUGUUUGGCUGCCUGGACACGAAGUACGAGGAAGCACUGGUCCUGGCCCUGCUCGUCCUCUGCUCUACAAUGGCAUCGCCAUGCUGCCUGUCACCGUUCCCCUCCUCCCCAUGGCCACGCUGCUCCCAAUGCAGGAGGAAGCUCAGCGUGGAAAUGGGUAAAAACCUCUUAAGCACUGAGAACCUAUGCAUCUCUUGUAGUGGAAAUGAGUCAAACUCUCUUGAGCAUUGAGAGAAGCACAGAACCUGGGCCACCAAGCAGGAGAAGCAGAGCUUCACCACCACUUUGAAACCAUGCUUGCCAAUUUGGGAGUAGACCUGGGUUAAAAAGCACACUUGACCAAGUUUUUAUUAUUAUUUUCCAGUUUAUUCAUUAUGAGGCCCCCAAAAAGUUCCUUCCUGCUUGGCUGGACCACAGACCCCAGUCCUUGCCCAUGGGGCUCUGGUGACGCUGCACCUCGAGCGCUGUGUUCAGCUUUGGGCCCCUCACUACCAGAAGGACAUCAAAGACCUGUAGUUAUGUCCAGAGAAGGGCUACAGAGCUGGUGAAGGGCCUGGAGCACAAGAACUGUGAGGAGCGGCUGAGGGAACUGGGGGUGCUCGGUCUGGAGAAGAGGAGGCUCAGGGGAGACCUUAUUGCUCUCUGCAACUGCCUGAAAGGAAGCUGGGGUCGGCACCUUCUGGCAGAUAAAUAUUAGUAAGACUAGAGGGAACGGCCUCGAGUUGUGCCGGGGGAGGUUCAGGUGGGAAAUGAAGAGACAUUUCUGCUCAGACAAAGCGGGCAGGCACCGGGGCGGGCUGCCCAGCGAGGCGGUGGAGUCCCCGUCCCGCGGGUGCUCAAGGAACGGCUGGGCCUGGUGCUUGGGGACGCGGCUGGGUGGGUGGUGGCGGUGGCGGUGGCGGGGCCUGUUUGAAGCCGGACGCGGUGCUCAGCGACAUGCUGCGGCGAGGGCUGGUGGCAGGGCCCCGGCGGCAGCCCCCGGCCCGGCCCGCACCGAGCCGCUCCGCCCCCCCUCACAGCGCGCCCUGAGGCGCGGGGCGGUACCGGGCCGCGGGCUGCCGGGAGCUGUAGGCGGCGGCGGGGCCUGCUCCGCGCGGCGGGGCCCGGCGGAGGAUGGCCGCCCGCUGCCUGCCGGCCGCCCGGCGCCGCCUCGGGGCCCUGCUGGCGCUCGGCGCGGCCCGGCGCGGCAGUUUGUACUUCAGGGUGUCCCCAUGUGUUUUCAGCACUGCAGCUCAGCAGAGAAGUACAGGAGAUGAGUGUGGCCCAGAAGAUCCCCAUGAUGAGCCAAAGCAUCCCCUUUCUGAUUGUGCCUUAGAGCACAAAGCCAUCAGAUUGGAAGAGCAAGUCCGGGAUUUAACUGAACGAUACCGGAAAGCUUUGGCAGAUUCUGAGAAUGUCCGGAGGAGAACACAGAAGUUUGUGGAAGAUGCCAAACUCUUUGGAAUCCAGAGUUUCUGCAGGGACCUCGUGGAAGUAGCAGACAUCUUGGAGAAAACUGCUGAGAGUGCUGCAGAAGAAGCAGAGCCUAGUAAUCCAAAUACAACUCUAAAGAAAAUCUAUGAAGGCCUGUCUCUCAUAGAGGCCAAGUUGCAAAGUGUAUUUGCCAAACAUGGCCUUCAGAAGAUGAACCCCGUUGGGGGCAAAUAUGAUCCAUAUGACCAUGAAAUCGUCUGCCACGUACCAGCUGAGGGAAUGCAGCCGGGCACGAUAGCACUGGUGACUCAGGAUGGCUACAAACUCCAUGGCCGCACUAUCAGACAUGCACUCGUUGGCGUGGCGGUGGAGUCGCAGGAAUGACAUCACCUUGCCUCCUUGGCAUCUGGGACCUGAUGGAGCUGAGGACCUCUCAGCACUCAGUGACAAUGCAGCUGCAUGUCUUUAUUUAUUAAGCUAGGUUUGUAUUGUACGUUGGCUUCUUUAUAAUGUGUGCAGUCAUUUUGUCAUUAAUUAUAAGGUACUUGUAUAUUUAAUGAUCCUUUUUGGAGUACAUGGAUUAGUACUAGGAGUUCCACUGUUUGUCAGGAACGUGGUACUAUAGCUCCUUUCUCUGUUGCUCAUUUCUCCAUUAAAACAUGUACAGGGAAGGGGAUAUGAGAGAGAAAGAGAAAUUCUCUGAGAUUUAGGGUAUUUUGUCUCUCAGCUCCAUCUCUGAGACAGAUGCCUGCAGUGGCCUUCAGGCAAGUAACUCCUCUGCCUCGGUUUCUGUAUCUGUAAUAAGGGAGCAUAAUAAUACUUACUGACCUACCUCACAGGGAUGUGGUGAGGCUUUUUCUUUGCAAAGCACUCAGAAGAGGAAAAGCUCAAAGGGCUGAGUAUUAUUAUCGGUCUAGUUCUGGUGUCUUCCCUUGUCCCCAGAGCCCUUAGAUGAGGAUCAAGAUGAUCACUUGAAUUGAUACUUGGGGCCAUUUUUUUCUUACAUGGUUUCAGGAAAAUAAUCCUGGAUUAAUGAAAUCUCUGUCAUGCUACAGUUCAAUAGGGAUGUGUCUUUAAAUAGAAUCUGGUUGUUGUAUCAGACUUCAAUGUGUUAGUAUUUGUCCUCCAAGUAAAAUUUCAGCUUGACACCUUGUUCCUUGAGGUAAAACAGGGAGUGAUGGUUCUUGGUAGAGCCAGAAACUCUUCUCAAAUCUCUAUCCAACCAAAAAGUAUAUUUUAUAGGAGAGUAAUCUCUCUUCCCUGAUGGGUAUUUGUGCAUCUUUCAAGCAUGAUAAACUGUAUGCUCUUUGUUGCAGCUUUCGGCAAAGUGGAGAUGUGCCCUUAAGUAGGAAAUCUGGACUGUUUUAUUUUCUGGAGCUCUCCAAUAAUGGUACUCAGAUAACACUAACUUCCAGUUCAUAUUCAGAUUCUACUUCUGUGUAGUCAUAGCAAAUAUUAAAACUUCUGUUUAUUUUAUAUUUAUAUUUAUUUUAUAUUUUUUUAUAACAGUAAGCAGAAGAGUGGCAGAAGAGUUAUAUAAGCCAGGCUGUGGUUUGCACUACAUAAAAAGCAAAGCAGGCAUGGUGGUUUUCAGGUUAUUUCUUACAGAUUCAUUAAUUCCUGCCUUUUUGCUCUCUGGAAUUGGAUCUGUGGCCUGACAGUUAUUUGAGACCCACUUGCAAAAGCUCUUUAUUUAUGGUGGAUGCUGUCACAAGUUUGGAAGAAAGCUUAUUCUUCUUCCAUUCCUUUGCAGGCUUCAGUUGUGUAAUCCUUUUGUGAUGGACUUCAAGAUAACAGCAGCCUUCAAUUAGCAGCUGUCAGCAGUCUUGCAUGUGAAGAGACUCUCUGCAGAGCACAUGCAGCUAAUUGGCUGUCACUGCAGAUUUUUUAGGAAGAUGCACAUUUUAAAUAUGCUUUAUGCAAGCUGCUUUAGUGACAGCAGGAUGAGGGUGAUUCAGUAGUGGAUACAAGUGCAGUUUUGUGCUGGUAGUUAGGUUUUCAGAGGGGUACUUGAGACUUAACCCUGAAACAGUGCUUCAUGGCAGCACUAGAUCACUUUGGAAAACACUCAAGUUCAGUACUCUUGUUUCAUCACACUUGGAAAUUUUAGAGAUAUAAAGGACUACCUGCUCGUUGUUUUUGCUGACUGUACAUACCAACUGGGUAACUAGGUUAUGCUAUUAAUCGAGGCAGAGAACAGGUGAAAUCUGUAUUGUGGCAAUGCAAGUCUUGCAGUUCUGCCUGUGACUGCCUGCAGCCUGUUCUGUGGAAACUGUAGCUUCAGUUGGAGCAAUUGCUUCUUCUCUGCCUCUUCAGUCCAUGGUAUAUCAGCUGAUUCUUUCUGCAAAUACAAGGGGAGAGCUAGUUAUGGAAACUAAUUUGUAAUGUGAAAUGUUAGUUAUAAGAAACCGAACAAAACCACAAGCAUUUCACAUAACAGGUAGUUUUCAGUCAUAGAAAGGCUGCAGCUUAUCUGAGCCAGACAUAAAAGUAGCAUGUGGCCAAAAGUGACGGGAUACAAAGCAUCUUUAUACUGACCCACUGAGCAACCUGACUGUGAAAGUAUGCUGCAUCUGCUUGGCCCACCUUUGGACCACUUACCAGGCCUGCCUGUGACCUCAGCUAGUAUUCACCCUUUUUUGCCUUAAAGAAAUACCCUAAAAUGCACUCCAGACACUUUCCAUCUGUAAUAAGAGGUUAUUGAUUCAGCUUCUGUAUCUGGGAUCCGCUUUCAGUGAGGCACUGUUGUAUGGCUGGAGCAGAGAUCUGAGGUAUCGGGUUCCCGUACAGUAUUUAUGAGCCUCCCACAGGCCCGGUUUAAUUUGGGGCAAGCUUUUUUCCCAGUUCAUGCCUCAAUUUUUAAAAUCUAUGAAACUUAUAUAAGGUCUGAUCAGGCUUUUAUGAUGGUUAUUGCAAGAUGUACCUAUUGCUUAGAGAAAUUACCAAAGAGAUAGAUACUGUUACUGUUGUUUGUCCUAGUUUUCUGCUUAAUUGCAAUUGUGAAAUGAGAAUGAAAUAACCAAACCUUGAUUCCAACGCAAAAUUUAGAUUUCCUAAGCAAAAUUUGAUUCUCUUGCCUUUCAAGCACACUUAAUGAUCACUCUUACUGUGGAUGAGAUUGCCUAAGGAUUGAGUGAAUUUCUUCGCAGAUUGUAGCUCCCGUGUCUUCCCCGUUUGUGUAAAGCUUAUACGCUGAGUGCAGUGGGACAGAGUUCCCCUUGGUGCAGUUCCAUCAUGCUUUGCAGUGACACCAAAGAGGAGUCUGAUUCAUGAGCUUCUUCUCUCACUUCAUUUGGUGACUCUUGAGCUUGUAGAAUGGACAGAAUAGUGGAGGAGAGGAAGUAUUGCAUACCUUUGACUCAUUUCCACUCCGUUCACCCAGCCAUGAACUGAACUGGGAGUGCGGACUAGAUAACCCCUGCAUGCAAUGGUGAUGUGUGGACCUGCAUUUCUGCUCUCAGAAAGAGGGCAGCCCUGCUGCACAGGGGCUCUGGCCUUGUUCUGUGACCCCGCCAUAUCGUGCCGGCGUCUUAGCUCUGAGCAGGAGCAGUGCAGAAUGUGAAUGUUGCUUUGUGAACCUUAAGUUCUCAGUGCUUCAUCAGCAGUUGAAAGAGAACAGCUGUGAUAAAUCAAUGGCUAUAAGUCCUUUAAAUUAAAAAAAAAAAUGUAUUUAAGUUUUAUAUUGUGAAUAUUGUCAUUGUGUUUAUUUUAAAAGAUGUUUUGAUAUUAGUUGCAAAGUCAAAUGAACAAAGCGUUGCUAAUCUCCAAAAAAUUUAAUUCUGUUUAGUUGGUGGGAGACCUGUAUAUACUGUCUGUUUUUGUGUUUCUGUGCGCUGUGUUUACCCAACGGUUCUGGCUGUAUGAAAGAGGAAGACUCAAGUGCGGGAGCAGUGCAAAUAAUUGACAACAACAUUUGAGUUAAUGUUGGAAAGGGCUGAUUUUCUUUAGAUGUCCAGAUGCUGUCCAUUUGCUAAUGAUAAUAAUAAAUAAAAAAGAAUUGCG